CAUGUUUCGAUAAGACUGCGACGAUGCGCUCUUGCGCUGCCACUGCGACUACCCCUCUUCGUCGGCUAAAGGCCAGCGCGCCUCCGCCGCCGUUCGCGCGGCUUCACCUCUCCUGGCAACGGCAGAUCCGAACAGUCUGCACAACGUGUCUGGAUGAACUAGGAGUGGGUAAGACACUGCCAUGGCAAGCCUGUCAGCUCAGGCAAUGGCGAGGGACUCCUAACCUACAUGCCGCUAGACAGAGGAGACUUGCGUCGACCGCUGCACCAAGUGCCGCGACAGAUAUCAGCAAGGACGAUAACCUCGGUCCUCUCCAGGAAUACGAUCGUCGCGUGAACACCGGACUCCUGAAGAACGACGAGCACCAACGAGGCAUCAUUCAGAGCCUACAGCGUCUCCACGAUGAUCUCGCCAAAUACCGGGCACCGCCGGUCCAACAUCCCACCGUCGAAUCUCUGAAACCUGCAAAAUCAAUUCUCGGCUCUUUGUUCGGAGGCAAAAAGGCAGGCAAAGGGACCAUCGGCGCGAUACCCAGCAAUCUUCCUCGCGGCCUAUACCUGUACGGUGACGUCGGCAGCGGCAAGACCAUGCUGAUGGACCUUUUUUUCGACACCUUACCAGGGUCUGUCAGGUCGAAGACGAGGAUCCAUUUCCACAAUUUUAUGCAGGACGUCCACCGGAGGCUGCAUAAGAUGAAGCUGGAGCAUGGCAACGACAUGGACGCAGUGCCCUUUGUGGCCGCGGAUAUCGCCGAACAGGGCAAUGUGCUUUGCUUUGACGAGUUUCAAUGCACCGAUGUGGCAGACGCCAUGAUUCUGAGAAGGCUUCUUGAAGCCCUCAUGUCCCACGGCGUCGUGCUGGUGACCACGUCGAAUCGCCACCCAGACGAACUUUACAAGAACGGCAUCCAGCGCGAGUCUUUCAUCCCCGCCAUCGAGCUUCUGAAAAACCGACUUCACGUCAUUAACCUCGACUCCCCGACCGACUAUCGCAAAGUGCCACGCCCAGCAUCCUCCGUCUACCACACCCCUCUCGACGCCAAUGCCAAAUCACACGCAGAAAAGUGGUUUUGCUACCUGGGCGACCCCGAGGAUGCCGGCAAUCCACCGAGGUCCGAGACGCAAACGGUAUGGGGACGCGAGAUCCACGUCCCCCGCGUCAGCGGCCGGUGUGCCUGGUUUACCUUCGACGAGCUCAUAGGUCAGCCAAAGUCUGCCGCCGAUUUCCUCGAGCUCGCGCGCAGCUACGACGCCUUCAUCGUCACCGACAUACCCGGCAUGACGUAUCGACAGCGCGACCUCGCCCGCCGCUUUAUUACCUUCAUUGACGCCGUCUAUGAGGCACGCGCCAAGCUGGUCCUCACCACCGAAAAGCCGUUGGAGGAGCUCUUCGUGUCGCGUGAGGAGAUCCGGCAGACCCUCGGCUCUGACGAAGACGCCAUGUCCGUCAUGGGCGACCUGGCGGACGCCGAAAGCAUUGACCGGGCCAAGAUGUCUAGCUUGUUCUCCGGUGACGAGGAAGCGUUUGCUUUCGCCCGUGCCCUUUCGCGGCUCAGUCAUAUGAGAAGCAAGGAAUGGGUAGAACGUGGAUUGGACAUUGGAGAGCAGAACGGUGUGUAGGGCCAUGUGACAGCUGACGCAGAAGCUCGCAGUCAUUAGACAAAGGAGGCCACGGUUAUAAAGCGAUAAGCUCCAUUGGGUUUUUUUGGGGGCAUUUCAUCUUUACAGUUGGCAUCGUUGUGCUUGAGCUCAUAGAUAGAUAGCGUCGCAUAGUCAUGGGCCAUGAUUCGUAUCCAUGCUAUAACAUAUUGUUUACCAACAGCAUCUUUCCGUCAGCAUGCGACUUCCCUGUAAUAGUAGCCUACCUAGAGGCACUCCGUCA